AUGAGAGCUGAUUAUGCCAAAUCACAGAUUGCUGUUGGUCCGAGAGAUAGCUGUGGAACCGUUGGUGACAGAGUGGGAAAAGGAGAGAUUAGUGAGGACAAAGAGAAGGAUGUUGUGAGAUACCAUAUCAAAAGCUUUUGCCUUCAUAUAGAAACUAAUUACUUCACUGUAUGCGAUUUGAGCAUGAAUCUCAGCAGUGCUCUUGUAAUGAUUGCUAGAUGCAUUUUCACCAAAUGUGAGUUUCAAGGGAUGAGAGGUUUACUGUUUCUUAUGCUAAAGCUUCACUUUUAUCCAUAUGGCCCUCAACAAGGAGACAUUGAAAACCCAAAAAAUGAUGAUGGUGGAUCACCUGAAAUUCCCAUUUCAGUAGCAUUUCCCUUUUUUGAGAAAUUCUACACAUCUCUCUAUGUGAACAACAAUGGAGUGGUUUCCUUCCAAGCACCUGUAUCACAAUACACACCAAAUGCUUUCCCUUUGUCAGAUGGAAGGGCCUUUGUGGCACCAUUCUGGGCAGAUGUGGAUAACAGUUUGUAUGGAUCUGUGUACUACAGAGAGAGUGUAAAUGCAGAGCUUCUCCAUAGGACCACUGCAGAAGUCAACAGAUACUUUCCAGAACUACAGUUCACUACUACCUGGGUAUUUGUAGCCACAUGGGAUCAAGUUGCCUUUUUUGGAUCAUUGUCAAGUAAGGCAAAUACAUUCCAGGCUGCACUGAUUACAGAUGGAAUCCUCUCUUUCAUUAUUUUGAACUAUGGAGACAUAAAAUGGACUACAGGCACAGCAAGUGGAGGAAAUAGUACUGCUGGUUUGGGAGGAGUCCCUGCACAGGCUGGAUUCAACAGUGGGAAUGCAGCACACUAUUUCAGCAUUCCUGGCUCAAGAACAAAUGAUGUUUUGCACAUUGGCUCUACAAGUAAUAUCAAGUAUCCAGGACGCUGGGUUUUCAGAGCUGAUGUGUUCAGUGUAGCUGGUGGUUGCUUGUAUAAUGGAAGCUUUUUCCGUCCUGAUGACAUAUUCUGGAUAGAUAGUGCCUGCCAAAGGAAAUGUGUGUGCUUAGAAAACAACACAGUGAGCUGUGAAGAUGUAGGAUGUGCUACAUACCAAGUAUGUCAGCCUUCUUCCUGGUACCAUAUUUGCCUAACAGUUGGCAUAAAGACCUGCACAGUGUCUGGUGACCCACACUACUACACUUUUGAUGGGAAGCUUUUCCAUUUCCAAGGCACUUGUACCUACAUUUUAUCCCAGAUGUGUGGGAACAAUCACAAUCUUACUAAUUAUAGAGUUGAAGCCAAAAAUGAAAACCGUGGAAAUGUAUUAGUAUCCUGGACUCAACUCAUCCGUGUGAUUGUUUAUGGGAAUGAAAUUGUAAUGGCCAGGGACAGUACAGAGCAGGUCAUGGUAAACAAUGUGAUGUCAUUACUCCCGUUAUCUCUUGUGGAUGGGAAAAUCAAAGUAUUUAAAAGCGGCUUUUCGAUUACAGUCAGUACAAAUUUUGGAUUGGUUGUUAGCUAUGAUGGAUAUCACUUCACCACCAUCUCUAUCCCUAUGAGUUACUAUAACUCUACUUGUGGAUUGUGUGGCACUUUAACUGAUGACCCAUUUGAUGAUUUCUUGACAUCUGAGGGAGUAUUGUCAUUAACAGACCUUGAAUUUGUCAACAGCUGGAUGGUUCAAGAUAAUGAUAUUCAUUGUGGAGAUGAGCAUGAUGAAGAUUACAGUUUUGCCUGCAGUGCUGAAGACUAUGCACGUUUUUCCGGAAAUGCCUACUGUGGUAUUAUAAUCAGUCCUGAGGGGCCAUUUAACAUGUGCAAACAUCAACUCCCUUCCCAGAGUUUCUUGGAUAGCUGUAUAUAUGAUCUCUGUGCAGAUGGUGGCUACUUACCAACUUUGUGUCAAGCUUUGAGCUCUUAUGCAGCAAGGUGUGAAGCAGAAGGAAUGCCUCCAAAAACCUGGCGAAAAAAAGGGUUCUGUGAAAUCAACUGCCCAGAGAACAGUCAUUAUGAAUCCUGUGGCACCGCAUGUCCUGCCAGCUGUGUAGAUUCUACAGCCCCUUUGUUCUGUAACAAACCAUGCAGAGAGAGCUGCAUUUGUAAUGAUGGCUAUAUCCUCAGUGGAGGAAAGUGUGUCGCCCUAAGUCAGUGUGGGUGCCAAUUUCAAGGGCAUUACUACAGUGUUGGAACAGAAGUGAUACUCACAGAAACUUGCAGUAAGAAGUGCAUAUGCAGAAAUGCAACUUCAGAAAUGAAAUGUCAAGAUUAUGGAUGUACAAAUGCCUAUGAGGAAUGCAGAAUUGUAAAUGGCAUCCGUGGUUGCUACCCUACUCAGUAUGGCACUUGUUGGGUCUCGGGUGACCCUCACUAUUACACAUUUGAUGGACUUCCUUUUGAUUUCCAAGGAACAUGUAGUUAUAUACUCACUAAGUACUGUGGAAAGUCAAGUAGUCUUGUGGACUUCAGUGUUAAAGUGGAAAACGAAAACAGAGGCACUCCUCUUGUAUCUUGGACACGUCUAGUGGAAGUUAAUGUCUAUAAUCAUCACAUUGUGAUAUCUAUGAAGUACCGUGGGAAGGUCCAGGUUGAUGGACUGAUUGUGAAUCUUCCAGUUGCUCUUGAAUGUGGGACCAUAUUAAUUUACCAUAGUGGCUCAUCAGCUGUAAUUGAGACAGAUUUUGGACUUAUCGUCUCAUAUGACUGGUAUCACCUGGUUUCAGUUAAGAUAUCAGGGACAUACUCAGGGCAAUUGUGUGGACUCUGUGGAAACUUUAACUGGGACAUCAAUGAUGAGUUUAUCACUCCUUCUGGCUACGUUACUGAAAGUCCAUUGCACUUUGGAAACAGCUGGCAAGAUCAAACUGUAGGCAGCCACUAUCUCACCUGCCUGGAAAAUAGUCACUAUGAAGUCUGCACAUCUUCCUGCCCUGCUUCCUGCACAAACCUGGCCUUUCCUAGCAGUUGUCAGGCAUCAUGUGAAGAGGGCUGCCAGUGUAACAAUGGCUUUGUGCUGAGUGGGGAAGAGUGUGUUACUCUUGUACAAUGUGGAUGUAUGUACAACAGUAAAUACUACAAAGCAGAUGAGACCUUCUGGAAUGGUAACAACUGUGAAGAGAUAUGUAAAUGUGACUCUGCCACCAACACAGUGCAGUGUUCCAAUUCUUCAUGUGCACCAGGUGAAAUCUGUGGAAUUAGAAAUGGAAUUCAUGGCUGCUAUCGACUGCCUCAUGGAAUUUGCUGGGCUACUGGAGAUCCCCAUUAUAUAACUUUUGAUGGAGCAUCGUAUGAUUUCCAGGGUACCUGUAAAUAUGUUUUAGCCGAGCUGGUUAACACAACUGAAGCUUCUGAUUACUUUAGGAUUGAGGUUAAGAAUGAAAACUGGGCUGAUGUGCCUGUUUCAUUUACAGCCAAAGUUUUCAUUUUUGUGUACGACACUCAAAUACAAUUUGAAAGAGGGUAUCCUGGAACAGUUAAGCUUCAUUUCAAGUUACACAUGAAGAAACAUGUCCCAGAGAAACACAGGCUUUGA